AUGGCCCAACCACAACAGCAGCAGAUUAAUGUCGCCGACUUGGACCUUCCCCAGUUGACCGAAGUGAAAAAGCAGUUGGACGAGGAAUUAACCCAUUUAACCAAUUCUUUUGCCCAACUGAAAGCCGCCCAAUCCAAAUUCCGUGGAUGCUUGGAAAACGUUGGCGAGGUCAAGCCGGAAAAUGCUUCAAAAACCCUACUUGUGCCCUUGACCAACUCGCUCUACGUUCCUGGAAAAUUAAUUAAUACCGAGAAUGUGAUCGUGGAUAUAGGAACUGGCUACUAUGUAUCAAAGGCGCGUCUUUGA